GCCUGAGGUCUCCGGCAGCCGAUCGGCUUGACCGAUCACUCGCCACGUGUCAUACCUACGGCCUCUUCCCUCCCCUUUGUCUCCACCUUCGUAUGUCUCCUCCUCCGCUGCGGAAGAGGAUGAUGACUGCUUAUCGCCCGCUUCUCACCGAACGAGUUCUCGGCGAGCACCUGUUGGCGCCACGUGACGACAUUUCGGCGAUCAGACAAGUCCAUCACCCGUGGUUCAGUCCGGAUCUUCUACGCUUCGCACAGUUCUUCAAUACCUCGGGAGUGUACGUGGCGGCGGAAUUUCGUUUUGCGGCUCAUAGCCAAGCACUCGUAUUGGCCGAGGCAUCGACGUAUCAGCGGCUUUCAAUACCGGGAGUCAGCCACGUGUCCACCAUUGUCGUCUUCAGCGGAGAUAUCAGCACGGUGGACCCGCUACGGCAUACGGCCAUCCGGGUAUCACUGAGGAAGUGGGGUGAGCAGAUGGCGGCGGAGUGGAGCCAGUGGCUUGCGCGGCACGGAGACAAUCUUGUCGUCACCGACAGUAUCGACGCCGACGGGCUUCGCACGUCCCGACGCGAGCCAGCGGUGGUGAUUCCGGAACUCGUUCCUUUUCGGCUGGAACUGACGUGGACACGAGACAGCGAACACCGUGCCGCGAGGGAGGGCGUACAGCUGGUAAUUGUCCAGACCUUGAGAACGGAGGUAGAAGGAGAUCUCCUUGGAUUCGUCUUCGGAGCAGUAGAGCCAGGCCAUCGCCAGACGAUCGUGUGGGAACUCACGAUCCCUCUUACGCAGCUCGUCAACAACCUCCCCCUCGACAUCAUAUCGCAGUGUGAUGAGAGCCCAGUGCCGCACGUCCUUCCGCGGAGAUUAACGCCAUACCUGCAGUGGUCAGCUUGCUUAAAGGAUCGAACGGGAGGUGGCAGUUACCCAUCGCGCGCAGAGUACCUGAACCCCCGGGGGAUCAUCGACGUCCUCUUCUUUUUGCCCCGAACGGCGGUAGAAGAAAGAGCCGUGGCGGAGGAAGCAGAGCUGGAAGACGAAAGCGAGGAGGAGACCUCGAAAGAAGCAGAGAGCUACAACAAAUACCGCAAGAAGGAAUCAGGCGAAGACGAAGAAGAAGAAGAAGAAGAUCAAUUGGAGGAGUCUGAGUGGGAGACUCUGGGUGAAGAGGCAGAUCGCGCAGAGACUCAAGAGGAGGAUCCCGAGGCGGCAGCACGACGGAGAGAAGAAAUCGCGGCCGGGAAGCAGCCGCUGGAGUACGCGAGCGGCGCGGAUCUGCAGAUCCCGAACGACCAACCAGGGAUCCCGAGGCGCCCAAGAACGACGAUGGGGACCCUACUGCCGAGACUUCAAGCGCACCGGCGUGCAGGCGACGGAGCCGAUCCCGAUCCCCAUCCCCCCGUCCCCCAGUUCGAGCACGUGUCGAUGCAGGGCAUCGGGCUUCGUCCAUUACCUCACCCUCCGCCAGAUUACCAUCCCUGACUCUUUCCCCCACAACCCCUUCCCUACUGCCACCUUCCGCCACUUCUAUGCCACCAACCUCGCUGUCACGAUACAUC